AGCGUUCUGGCGCAGGCCAGUCCUCCCAUGUCGAACGGUGACCUGGCCGGAAAACUACACGGAAACCACCUGACGGUGCACAGCAAGAAACAGGGCGUCUCUGGGGAGAGCAGUCACCUGGACGGAAGGAACAUGACCGUCACCGCGCCCAAAUUCGAGAAGGACUUCAGGUCAAAACAGCUGAUUAAGGAGGCCAUCAUGGACAAUGACUUCCUGAAGAAGCUGGACUCUUCACAGCUCCGUGAGAUUGUGGACUCGAUGUACCCGAAGAAGUACGCCAACGGUACAUUCAUCAUCCGGGAGGGAGAAGUCGGGAGCCACCUGUUCGUGGCCGCCGAAGGUCAAAUGGAGGUCAUCAAGGAAGGUCAGGUGCUGGGUCAGAUGGGCCCGGGGAAGGCGUUCGGAGAGCUGGCCAUUCUCUACAACUGCACCCGCACGGCUUCGGUCAAAGCCGUGACGGACGUGCACGUCUGGGAGCUGGAGCGGCGCGUCUUCCAGACGGUGAUGAUGCGGACGGCCAUCCGCCGCCUGGAGGACAACCUCAGCUUCCUUCGCUCGGUGCCCCUGCUGGCCAAACUCAGCAGAGACAAGCUUGUCAAAAUGGCCGACGUUAUUGAGACGGAAACAUAUGCGCCUGGUGCCUACAUCAUCAGACAGGGAACCAGUGGUGACGGAUUCUACAUCAUCAGCUCUGGAUCAGUCAAGGUCACACAGAGGUCGCCAGAUGGCGUGGAGGACGAAAUUCGCACACUCAAAGCCGGCGAGUAUUUCGGCGAGCAGGCCCUACUCAAGGAGGACAAGAGGACGGCCAACAUUAUCGCCCAGCCGCCGUCCGUCACCGUGCUGGCUCUGGACAGAACGUCGUUCGCGCGGCUGAUCGGUGACCUGCAGGAGCUGCGCGAUCUCAAGUACGAGGAGCGGCCAGUUUCUAGGACCAGCUCAGCACAGAGCGCACGGCUGCCGAACG